AUGCCCUCCAAACGCUCUGCCGAGUCGGCACCAGACAACCGGCCAGCUGAGCCCCCAGCCAAGAAACGCAAGGGCUUCAGCGUCGGCCCAGCAAAUCUGCCCGACGGCACCUAUCGACGAAAAACCCAAAAAAUCAAAUCGGACCUGAUCCAAAAAGCCAAAGUGAAAAAGGCCUAUGCCAAGAUCAAAGCCGAAGAACGCGCCUCUGCGCCGAAAAAGUCCGUCUACGAGAGGGAGGAGAGAGAAGAUGAGCAGCACGACAAGGAGACCAGUCCAGAGAUCCACCCGGAGCGCAUGGCCAUGCUGAACGAACCGGCGCCGGAGCCAGAGCCGGAGGUGCGCCCGGAGCCACGUCGGCCGCGCGAGAGAGAAGAUAGAAAGAAAGAGCGCAGGCCAAAGCGCUCGGCGUUUACGAAAGAGAUGGAGAUUGCGGAGCAGCGGAGGAUGGCUGCGGAGAAGCGUGAACGGGAGCGCGAGGCGAAGCAGAAGGAGCGCGAGGCUAUGGUGCGUGCGAAACGGCCGGACCAGUUUGGGAAGCGGAGGUUGGGCAGAGAGAGUUCGGCGUUGUUGAGUCGGGUACAGCGGAUGGUGGGACAAUGA